AUGGACGAUUGGCCUCAGAUUGAUAGCGUCGUUUUGACGUCGCUUCAGCAUUGGUUUCACACACCUUUACAGUUGCAAGCUGCUUUUGAUGAUGAGAAUGGUUGUUCAAUUUUAUUGCAUGGACUUUUUCCAGACAUGGUUGAUGAAGACGUCAGAAAUUUGGCUGCAGGUUUGGUUCAUUGGCAGUCCACACAGUCAUCCAAUUUCAAGCGCUUGAGGCGUAGCUUGGCUGAUGAGGCACUUUUCCGUCUUCCUCCAAGUCGUGCAGGUGAUAUCCAGGUCCAGUACACUGCAAUUUCACAGUCAAGUACAGUCAUGGUUUUGGAGAUGGCUGCAAAGAAGAAACAACGUAAGUAUAAAGAAGAGUCUGCAGACGCUAGGGCAAAGAAGACAGAGGACGAUCGCAAGAGGUAUACAAUCCUGUUGUCAAAUGUCAUGAAGCAGGCGGCAUUGCCUGUUGCGAAGUUGAUUGACACACUGGAGGAUCCUGCUUCAGGUUGGCUCCAUUUGUUUGCUGCGAGGCGCGCCAACACACUCAAGAAUAGGUACAAGUCUUGGAAGCCUUUUCAGUCUUGGCUUGAGCUCCAUAGGGGUUUGCAUUUUCCUGAGUCAUGCAAAGACAUCAUUGAUUACAUGCAAUGUCGAGUGGAUGAUGGCUGUGGCAAGACUGUGCCGGAGUCAUUCAGCACGGUCCUCAACUUGCUGGAGACGUUGGGCAGGGUUCCUCAGGAUCAACAACUGUCAAGAGAUCCAUUAUGGCUUGGACAUGUGAAGUCUUGGACAGCAGAGUUAUCAGCUGACAGUCCACCGCGUCGACCUGCAGAGAUGUAUACAACAGCAAUGCUUGUUUCAUUGGAGAUACUGGUUUGCAAUGAAGAUGAAUUCCUUUACAAAAGGGCAUUGGCAUGGGUAAUUCUGGUCAUGGUUUGGGCUGCACUCCGUUGUGACGAUGUGCAAUCAAUUCUCCCCCAUCGGUCAUUGCUUUCGAAUUUUGGGUUGAAGUUGCUUUUGGGAAAGACGAAGACCACUGGGCCGGACAAAGCACAGAAAGAAAUUGUUGCGCACGUUUACAGAACAAUUUCAUUGACAGGGUGCGACUGGCUGGGGACAGGGUAUCAGCUGUGGUCACAGGAUCAGCUUGCCUACAGGCGAGAUUACCUGGUGAUGGAGCCUAAUUUUGACUGGUCAGGAGUGCGUAGGAAGUUUGUGACGCCGACUGGACUCAGCUCUUUGAUUCGCAGGGUCCUUGGUGAGUUGCAGGUGCCUGUCAAACAAGGACUUGACUGGACGUUGACCCCUGGAGCAUUGCUUUUGCCUGAUGGUUUGGAGUUUCAUUUUUCUGGACACAGCCCCAGAAACUAUUUGACGUCGGUGGCGGCGCUGUUGGGGUUCAGCAAGGACAUGAGGGCAUACCUGGGACGCUGGGCUAUUGGUAUGACCUCGUCAGAGGAGUAUGUCCGUACAGCCAGACAGGUGGUUUACAAAAUACAGCAGUGCGUCAACAGGUCUCUGGUUGAGGGCUUAGUGGACGAGUAUUUUGAGGAUGAGGCGAUUGACAGCCUUUGUGCGUAUGCCGAAGCACAUGGUGCAAAUCCAAGGAGGAUACGCAAGAGGCACACCGUGAUGAACAAUUUGACUGGCAGACACUGUCUGGGAGGAACUUUUCCCACGCUUGAAGUGAGGUCUGGUGAUUGGGAUGAUGUGCAAGACUUGACUGACGAGCAGAUGGCGUUGUUGCACGAGAAAGCAUUCGAGGUUGCAGCAUCAUUGGACGAACAGUCAACAGGAGAUGCAGCAGUGCCACCGAAAUACUUUGUCACGAUCUCUCGUCGUGGCAACCACAGGAAGAAAAUGUUGACUGAAAGUGGUAAGGACGCACAGGGUUUUGACCGUGCCAGUGGAGCCAUGGAUGAGCAACAACAGAAGGAGUUCAUUUCUGAACAUAUGGACAGUGAUUUGCAGUUUGUCUUGUCAGACAACGGAGUGUCACUUGGUGCCCAAGUUGCAGUCGCAAGGCGUUAUGGCACUCUGAGGAAAUUCAGGGCGCUUGGUGACACAAGGGCAGAGAUAAGACUGGCCUGUUUGCAGGAUUUUGCUAUCCCACAGGACAACCCAGCUGACCGUGCCGAGACAGCAGCAAUUGUGUCUUCUUGGGAGGUUGCUCAGGAGUUCAUUGCCAAGGAGACGGAGAUACGUGCAGAGGCAAAGGUUUUGGGACAGCCUCGCACUUUGCAGGUGCACGAGAGGCAGGCGAUGGUUAAAGCAGUUGAAGCUGUUUACGGAGUGUUGCAAGAAUCGGAAACACCAUCGGUGGAAUAUCUCUCUGUGAAAGCUGAAGAGACGGAAACAAAUGAACCAGUUGCUGCCUCCUUGGACGAGGUUUCAUCAAGGAAGGACAGCACUACAUCUCAGAUGCAGACAGGCCUUGACAGUACAGGCCAUAUCAGGAUCACCAAGACCAAGGUCAAGUCCAAGCUUCCUUCGAAUACGGAGGAGUACAGGAGGGCAAUGCGGGUUGAAAUGUAUGCAUGGCUUUGCAUGGCAGCGCGAUACAAGGCUAAGGCCUGGCUACAUGGCCUCACUGCGGCCCCCUUCAACCGAUUUGUUGACUUCAUUUUGGGUGAGAAAGUUUACAAUAUUCAUGUCCCUUCGUUGGUGGGUGAUGGUCAGACUCGUGUCAAACCUGAUUGGGGCAUCAUUUUGAGUUUUGAGCACCGUUUGAGGAAAGAAGCUUUCAAGUUGGUUGUGAGAGAUGGUACAACUUUGGCAGAUGCUUUGAAUCAGGUCAUCCACGAUGCUGAAAUGAAGGAAACAUAUUUUACUACACCGGUGGCAUUGAGGGCAGCGAUGACUUCGCAGGCAGAUCCUCCUCAGCAGAAAUGGCUGAGGCCCAACACGAAGGGGACUGGCAAGUUUCAAUCCUCAAACUACAAGGGCAAAGGCAAAUCCAGCAAGGGCAAGGGCAAAGAAGUGCGAAAGGAGUUACAAGGGCUUACACUGGCCUGGAGGACUCCAGACAACCGUGAGUUGUGCUUCAGUUACAACACAGGUUCAUGUGAUGGCAAAUGCAACCGGGUUCACCAGUGCAGAGUGAAAGGGUGUUAUGGCGAUCACCCGGCCAUCAAACACAAAGAAGUGACAGGCAAUGCUUGGAAGGUCGAAGCAGACUCCAUCAUCCAGCAGUGGGGUUGA